UUGAUUUAUAAAGUCGGCGAAUAUUACGUGCCGAAGGCACGUACCAUCUUUCAUUCGGGAUUUCCAAUUUAAAUGAGUUAGAUUUGACAUUAAUCCUGAUUCUAAGGUGUUUUCCGUCCGUGUGUUAAUAAAAUUUCUUUUAAAAUUCAUAGAAAUGUCUGAAAAAGUAUGAAAAACAGGCAUCUCAGGGCGAAGUACCCUGAAAAAGGUCGUGAGGGUACAAGAAAUUUAUGUGCCUCGUCGAGAUGAUUUUUUUGAGGCCUCGUGAGUUAUAAUCCGUUGAUCCGUUGAAUUGUUUCAUAAAUAAAACCAUUUGUGAGAGUCUUCCGAGCCGAGCCGAGCAACAGUGAAAACCGAAUUUUCCGUAUUUUAAUUUUUCUAUGUGCGGUAGAAACUUCAAAAAUGGUAUGCACAUCGGCAGCAUGCAUGAGUGUGCGAUUUGGGUCCUUUCGGGGGAAAAAAUUGCGUUUUUCUAUUUAAUUUUGGAUACUUGCAAGCGCCGUCGUUUCCAACAAAUUCAAAGAAAUGCUAACAGCGUCAAAACCGGUUGCAUUAAAAAAUUACCGGUUUUUUCAUAAUGCCAAGCACAAUUUCAAUUCUAUUCAGCCUCAAAGCUGCCUGUUUGUAAUUUAUUUUGAGUUGUAAAUAUUAAAUAAACCUUCUUUUACCAAUUAACACCAGUUUCGUCUUUAUUCGCAACGAUUUGAACAUAAUUCACGAUCUCGUGCGUACCGGUACGAAGCAGCGCGCACCAGCGCCACCGCUGUUUUGCAGCAACCGCCGCGACGACUGCGAUUUGCUUUGUUGACACAGCAGGUGCCUGAAGUGCUUCAAAGUUAAUCUCGAUUUUUCCCAACUUUUCUGACUUUUCCAAUCCUUAGCGAGUGUUUUAGUGAUAGUGAGUGUGUGCAUCGUGUUAGUGAGAGUGCGUUUCAUCGAGUGUAGCGUGUUUUAAGUGCGAAAUUCGUGAGAAGAAAAGUGCCCCGUGUGUGUUGUGAUUGCGUGUGUUGUGCGGCCGAACGCGAAUUCGGCGGACAUUUUCGAGUGAAUCGUGCCGACGCGAGUGUUUCUGUGUGUUUUGUGAGUGAAAAAGUGAGUGUUUCAGUGAGUGAAUAGUGUUUUUCAGUGAGUGCAGUGUUUCAUUGUGCGACAAAAAGUGUUAGAACUUCUCAUCGCAGCCGGAGACCACGCAGCCGCAUCCCCAGCGAGACCGAGGACAGCCGACGAGGACAGCAGACCACCGUGACAGCAGCUUUGGACCUUCGGACCAGGAUCGCCGAACAAGAUGCCGAGGCCAAAAAAGUACAGAGGUGGAUUCAAGAAGAAGCCCAAGAGCACCGAGUCAGCUUCAACAUCUUCCGCCAAAACUCAACAGACUGAAGAAGUGGCAGACACCAGCACCGUCAACACUGGGUCCCAGUCGGUGUUCAAAAAGCCUGCUCCAAGACCAAGAACCGCAACGUCCAGCGUGUCAAGUCGGGACACAUCAUCGUCAUCGACCUCAACUUCGGUGUCGUCGCGAGCGCCUGUCGAAGGCCUACCACAUCAAGUAGAGCAGAUUGACGUUGGCCAGUGGUUGGUGAGCGGCCAAUACAACAAAGACACCAAUCAAGGCGGUCAAAGAGGACGUGGACGUGGGCGUGGACGUGGACGUCCAAAAAAAACAGACAAACGUCCCCUAUCUUGGCGGAGCCAGACCUCAAAUGCGAGUGUCUCCGAGCCCAGUUUGCCACCACCAGAUGUUUCAGUUGCUGAACAAAGUCAAGAGCGGCCAGAGAGCGGCCAAAACAACGAAAACAAUGAAGGUGGUCAAAAAGGACGUGGACGGGGCGGCAGAAAAAAAACCGACAAACGUCCCCAAUCUUGGCGGAACCGGACUCAAAGUGCGAGUGCCACCGAGCCCAGUUUACCACCAACCGAUGUUUCAGUUGCUGAAGAAAGUCAAGAGCGGGCAGAGAGCGGCCAUAACAAGAACGACACCAUUCAAGGUGUUCAAAAACGACGUGGACGCCCUAAAAAAUCAGACAAGAAUCCAGGUUGCUUAGAACCCAACACACAGAGUUCCAGUGUUACCCAGCCCAGUUUGCCACCGCCCAAUGUUCCACCUGCAGAUGCACCUCAAGGAACACCAAUGAAUCUGCCAGCUCAACCAAGGGAACUGCCAACAGACAUGGCAGGUCUGGCGCGGUUGGCGAACACGAUGUUCAUGGAGAGAGUCGCCGCUGAGUUCGCCAGGAGGUUGGCAAUGAGCCAAGAGGAUGCUCCCAAUGGGCAGCCUGAGAUCGUCGCUCAGGAACCAACACAGCCACGACGAUCCAGGAGGAUUGCCACCAGGUCAACAGCGUCAUCUACAAGAAGCGACGCCGCUCGAGCUGACCCCGUUCCUGAUGAUCAGGAAUCCGAGGGAAACCGCAGGACACCCAGGGGAAGGAGUGCUCCCGCUGCUGCGGGGCAAACCAGUGCUCGCAGGGGCAGACGAAGCGGAAAAGUUCAACAUGUAGGAGUUCAACUCGAUGACGACGAGCACCCUGAGCCUGCAGAGGUGGUGAGAGAUCCGGCGCGCCGCCGAACAUCGCGCCGCAUUUCAAGCCGUUUGUCAGCUGCCUCAUCUGUCAACACUUCCAAUACCAGCCUGGGAGGUGACGUCGACGCGGGUCCAAUUGUGGCUGCGGACGUCCAAGUCGUCAACGCCCCUGGCGGCCCAGGUGGCCCUGGCGGCUCAGAUGACCCUGACGACUCUGACGGUGACGACGACAACGGUGGACCUGCUGAUGCCGCUGACGGCAGUGAGGGUGAAGCCGAUUCGCCUGUUUUAACGCCAGAAGAUCCACAAGAUGAGCCCUUUGAGCCACCUGAGUGGGUGCGGAGACAAGUUGGCCUCCCAAUUCCUAGAGCUCCAACUGUUCCCAUCGUGAUCCAGCAGGACAACCACGACUACCAUCCAGACCCGCGGCGGCCAGCUCAACCUCCAAGAGGUCUCCGAGGGGAACGAGACGUCCGCAAUUACAACAGGGCAGUUCGCGAGGGCACUUACAACGCAGCGCGAGGUCCGCUGCCCGACUUUGUCCAAAGGUUUCCGCUCGGGACCUUUGGCGGUGACCCCGACAACGACGGCGGGAUCUACAGGUGCCGCCACUGCCGGGCUUGGUUCUUCCCAGCAGAACUCACUCCUGAUGACAUCGCGCGAGGUCUGUACACUUGCUGCACGAGGGGAAAGGUUCCCAUUCUUCCCGCCGAAGAUUAUCCUGAAGAGUUGGUGUUUGUGCUUCGAGAUCACAAAAGACACGUCCGCACCAUCAACCUUUUGAUCGCUCCUGCUCAGUUCGAGGCCAAACGCGUGCAAUUCCCGACGACACCAGGAAGACGCGCGCCAAAUAUCUACAAAAUCCACGGCCAGACGCACGCCUACCUGCCACCGCUCGAUCCCAGGCCAGCGGCGAACGAGGCGGGCACCGCAGCAGGCGGACGACCGGGAGUCCAGCAGCGCCGCAACUGCCAGCUCAUUGGCUUUGUCACCCCCCAGAGGGUGGCUGAGCAGGUGGUCGGAGGUUUGGCGCACCAAAAACCUCCAGAAGAUGUCGUCGCUACAAUCGUCGAGUACAUGGAAGAAAACAAUCCCUACUUCAAGAUGUUCUCCCUGGCGCACAUGUACAUCGACGAAGAACUGAGGAACAACGGUACCGUGGGAGAAGUCACCAUCGUCUUCAAGAAUCCCAACAGAGACAAGGUCACCUUGCGCCACAACACCCACGCUCUGCCGGCAGAAGAGAACGAGGUGGCGGCACUCUUCGCGGCAGGUGGUGAGCCAGACGGUAUGAACACCUUCGUCGUCAAAGAUGGACAGCGAGUGCGCCUGAAGCCGACCGACCCGAACCGCGACGCCCUCGUCUACCCAUUGAUGUACCCCAAAGGAGUCGUCGGUUGGCACCCGAACAUCCAGCACGUCGGACCCAACGUCACUGCCACAAGAAAUCGCGUCACGAUGAACGAGUUCUACAAGUUCAAGAUGUACCGGCGACGUCCUCUGCAGGUUGAGCUGAACUGCGGGACCCUGACGCAGCAAUUUGUCAUCGACCAGUGGGUCCGCAUCAACCAGAACCGUUUCAGCUUCCUCGAGUACGGCUUGGACCAAGAGCUCAUGUUUGCCUCAAGGAGGGACUUGGUGGAGUACAUGGAGAAGAUCGCGGACGACAUGAACUACGAGGUCGGCAGAUCCGUCGUCCUGCCGAGGAGUUUCCAGUACGGGGACGAGGCGAUGAAGACUCUGUUCCAACAUGCCAUUGCUUCCAUCAAGAGAACCGGUGUUCCCACUUUCUUCGUCACGAUGACGGCCAACCCACGCGAGCUGGAGUUUGACGACAUCCCAGGCUUCAACCCCAAUGACGGCUCCCUCAACAGCGACAUCGUGUGCCGGGCAUUCUGGGCCAAAGUGCUGAAGCUGAAGAAACUGCUGCUGGACGAUCAGGUAAUGGGACAUGUCACUAACUACAUCUUUGUUACAGAAUUCCAGAAACGAGGACUUCCCCACAUCCAUCUUAUCCUCACGACCAGCUCACCGUUGGUCAACCCUGGUGACGUCGAUGCCUACGUCUCCACCUCCAUCCCUGACGAACACCGCGACCCUGAACUUCACGACACCGUGAAGAGAUAUAUGCUGCAUCGGUGCACCUACCUCUGUGCUGGCGGCAGAGGUGGAGUCUGCAAGAAAGGUUUUCCUGCACCGUUCCGCGACGAGACUGUCCUCAACGACGGGCGCGGGUUCGUCCAGCUGAGGCGACUGGACGACGGACGCAAGAUCAAGGUUCGGGGCAACGAAUAUACCAACCAGCACGUUGUCCCGUACAACCCGCUCCUCCUGAAGACGAUGCGAUGCCACAUUAACGUCAUGCCCUUCGUGAACAUGAAGCAAGUUCGCUACAUUGUCAAGUACAUCACGAAGGGCCCGGACAUGGCGGUCAUCGAGCAGACGGCGCGAACGACAGGGCAUCGCAUUCGGAAUGCGAACCGGCUGACUCGUCGUGAUCGGAUGGCUCUCAGCAUGGAGGUGCGCAACUACAUCAGCGGCGGCGCCCCCAACGACAACGCCCAGGAGGCGGAGGUGGAGGCGGAGGAAGACGAUGACGAACCUUGCAACGGCAUCCUCUGCGUCAACGAGAUCAAGAAGACCUUGGAUUGCAUGUACACGACGUCCACAGAGGCAACCUGGCGCACUCUUCAGCUUCCAAUGAAGGACAUGUUGUUCACGGUGUACGACUUGAAGGUACACACUGAGGAGGAGACGCCGGUCUUCUGGAGGGCGCGUGGACAGGAGGCGAUCGUCGAGGCUGCCACACGGCCUCUCAAGAAUACAAGGUUCCUCGGUUUCAUGGACGUCUGCAGGAACGCGCUUGACCCUGAGGAGCUCGCCCUGCUGAACCGCAUCAAAUUUGUGGAGCUGCCUCAACACUACGUGUGGAAUGACAAGGACCGCGUCUGGACACGCCGCAAGAGGGGAGGCGAGAAGAUCAUCGGCGUCGUCUCCACCGUCAGCCCCAAGAACAUCCAACGGUACUGGCUGCGCGCCAUCGUUCAACACAGAGCGUUCAUCACCAGCUACCAGGACGCCAAAACCGUUGAUGGGGUUGAGUACGCCACCUUCCGCGAGGCAGCUGUGGCCCUGGGACUUGCUCGCAACGACCUUGAGCACCUCAACUGCCUGCGGGAGGCGGCGGGGAUGGAAGCGACGCCGUUCGCCAUGCGCAUCCUGUUUCUCCUCUUGCUCCUCCACGCAGCACCAGCAAGGCCGGCUCAGCUCUUCGAGCAAGUUUGGGAGAGCUUGGUCGGCGAAUUCCACCUGAGACGCGACCCCGAAGGCAGUCGACUCCGCGUGCUGCGCUACCUCGCCAGGAAGCUGCUGCUCAACAACGCUCCCCUGGACGAGGAGCUGUUCGCGGAGAUCAACAUCGACGAGCUCCGCGCCAACAUCGACGACGACAUGACGGUGGACGAGGCAGUGGACGACGACGUCAUCCCUGACGGUGCCGCUGUCCAAGAUCAGUACGACAGACUGAACGUCCAACAGCAGGAGGUGGUGGACACCAUCAUGGAGGCCGUGCUGGACUACUCGUCGCCCGACCACCUCGACCAGUGCCGGCUCUUCUUCAUGGAAGGUCCAGCCGGCACCGGCAAGACCCACACGUACAGAGUCAUCGUGCAGAAGCUGGCGCUGAUGGGCAUGUCCACCAUCAACAUGGCGUUCACCGGAGUCGCGGCCGCCCUUCUCGACAACGGACGCACCCUUCACUCUGCCCUUGGCCUGCCCAUCCCUCUCACCAGGGACUCGGAGUCUCACCUUCAGCCCCAGUCGACAAACUACAAGUUGGUUCAGGGUGCCAGCCUCGCGAUCAUCGACGAGGUCACGAUGGCGUCCGUGAACGCCUACAAGGCGGCGGACAGGCUGUUCACGCGAGCCAAGGACCCUGAGUCAACUUCGCCGUUUGGAGGCUGCCCGGUGCUCUUUGGAGGGGAUCUCCGUCAACUGUGUCCGAUCCCCAAUCAGAACGAGACAGUUGACGAGAUCCACUUCAGGAACUCCGAGCUGUUGGCGCAGUGCCAAGUUCUCCAUCUGACAGAGAACAUGAGGGCCAACGAGGACGAGCGCGACUUCGCCCAGCUUCUCAAGACCAUCGGCGAAGGUUCCCACCCGUGCCCUCCAGAACUUCCCGAAGGUUCCUUUGUCGUCCCUGACGAGUGGAUCCUCCCAAACAACAACCUGGACCAGUUGAUCCACUGGACCUUCGGCGACGAUCCGUCUGUUGAGGGCGAGGACUGCGCCAUCCUGACGGCCAAGAACGACGACUGCAGGAAGAUCAACAACCGCAUCUUGGCCAAGAUGGCGGGACCUGAAGAGGUUUCAGUCCUGCUGUCCGAGGACAGCGUUGUCGACGACGAUCCGAACAACCCUCUCGUCGACGACGGUGGAGACCUUCCCGAAGACCGCCGCCUCAUCCAGCUGGACGAACUCCACAUCCUGAACCCUCCCGGCCUGCCCUACCACGACCUUAACAUCAGGGUCGGUGCCAUUGCCAUCAUCAUCCGAAACCUGGACGUCGCCAGCGGGAUCGUCAAUGGCACCAGGGUUUGCGUCGAGGACUUCACCAGAAACAGGGUCAGGGUGAGAGUUCUCAGCGGUGCCGACCGGAUUAGAGGUCGCGUCAUCGAGCUGCCGAGGAUCGAGUUCGUCGGAGAUGUCAGCCCGCUCGUCAAGAUGAGAAGAAUCCAGUUUCCUCUCAAGAUUGCGUUCGCCAUGACCAUCAACAAGAGCCAGGGCAUGACUCUGCGCAAGGUCGGCGUUUUUCUCCGCAGAUAUCUGUCCGACCACGGCAAGCUCUACGUCGCUCUCAGCAGAGUACGUAGAGCUCAGGACAUCAGGAUGGUGCUGUGUCCGGACGACAGGCAGGGACGGCAUCCGGACACCGGGGCAUGGUUCACCCACAACGCGGUCCGCCAUCACCUGUGGAACCUCGAGGAACCGCCGGCACCACCACGGCCGGAAGAAGAAGUUCCUCCUCCUGUCCAGCUUUUCACAGGACAUGACAACUGCGUUGUGGAGCCUGCCGUGUCUGAUGAUGGAGAGGAUGAGGACGACGACAGAGAGGACGACGACGGCGAGGAUGACGACGACGAUGACGACGACUACGACGACGACGACGACUACGAGAUGGACGACGGCGACGAGGAGGACGAAGACGUCAACUGGCGACCGCCCCGCCCUUUGACCCCGCUGGAAGAGCCCGUCGACGCUGCUCAAGCUGAGUUGAACUUGGCCGCCUUCAUGGAGGAGCUCGCACAGCGCGACCGCGAACGUGGACGUCCACCAAUGCCUCAAGAAGGAUCGCCCAGGCAGAGAUUCCAGCAGCGAUUCUUCAGCCAGGAAGUGAUGAACGAGUUCACGUUUGAUGGCCGCGGCUCCCAUCCUGAUGACAUCGCGGACUUGGUCGACGAGGACGACGACAACUGGGAGCCGAUGCCGCAAGAAGACCUGGACGAGCUGUGCGCCUCAGCGAUCGUGCACGUCCUCCGUUCCCCGAGGAUCACCAGCAACCUCAACACCCAGGAACGAGACGAGCGCCAGCAAGAGCGCCUGAUGGAGGUCUACUUUGAGGACAUUCGACGGGAAAAUGAACAUCAUCGUUCCCCGAGCGUCGCCAGCAACCUCAACACUCAGGAACGAGAGGACCGCCAGCAAGAGCGCCUGACGGAGAUCUUCUUUGAGGACAUGAGGCGGGAAAACGAACAUCUCCAGAUGCAGCCCCAAACAUCACUGCCAACAGCCGACUGGAGGUCCCGUUUCAACAGUGAAGACUUCUUGGGCGACGGCGCCGAUUUCUCUGUCUUCACAAAGUUCGACGCUGAAAAUCCAGCUAGCGUCGGCCACUUCAAGAAGAUGGCAGAGCAGAAUUGGCUGAAGAGACAUCCCAACUUCAAGAUCUCCGAAACGGACCUUCGAGACGCCGGGCCUUCAACAUCAGGGACCAGCAACAAAAGGGCGGCCGCGGUCUCCAAUACGCCGGGAUCGGACAACCCACCUCCACCAAAGAGGACACCAGCCAGGCUGAGGUUGGACGACGAGGACAACGACGACUUGGCAUCGUGUUUCCUGAGCUUGCAGUUGCAGCUUCCAGAACUGCUCAACGAGGCUCUGCAAAACACAGAGGCUCGUGAACAAGCCGAGCGGUUGCAACACCAAGGAGCGUUUCUGCCCGCCGCUGCCUUGCAACCUGAGUUCCUGGGCUUGCAGCGGACCGGGCAAUUCGGCACUCAAGAGCCACAACUGCGCGCCAGGGAACAAGAUCCUCGCCAAGUCCACUCGCAGCCUCCAGAGUCCGACUUCCUGAGAGUGAUGACCCACUGGAUGGAGGUAGAUACCAGCUCGGAAGACGACCAGAUGCAGUGAGUGAUUCGACCCUUCGAUUGACACUUUAGUUUGAUUUCCUUUUUUUCCAUGCGGCAAGUCGGGGUUUCAAGCAAAUCAGCGCGGCGACCAAUCGGAUGAGCCAGCUCUUCACGCCACCAAGCGUCCACUUCUCUCUAGAGCGUCGGAGAUCUUUAGAGAUUUGGACGCUAGGUGGCGUGAAGAGCUGGCUCAUCUGAUUGGUCGCCGCGCUGAUUUGCUACAUAUUACUUACUUUCUGACUUUCCGCUCAUUUUCAACUUAUAUCCAAUUUGUGUUUUAUUUGAGUUUCAUUAAUUUCUUCUCAUUCCUGUUUGAAAUGUAUCUUCCAACUUAAGAGCAAGUCGUGGUUUCAAGUAAAUCAGCGCGGAAACCAAUCGGAUGAGCCAGCUCUUCACGCCACCAAGCGUCCACUUCUCUCUAGAGCGUCGGAGAUCUUUAGAGAUUUGGACGCUAGGUGGUGUGAAGAGCUGGCUCAUCUGAUUGGUCGCCACGCUGAUUUACUACACAUUCCUUACUUUCUGACUUUUCGCUCAUUUUCAACUUAUUUCCAAUUUGUGUUUUAUUUAAAUUUCAUUAAUUUUUUCUCAUUCCUGUUUGAUAAUAUGUAACUUCCUACUUAAGAAUUUAUAAUAUUAAACUGUAUUUGAAAAGCAACCUAGAUUAUUGUAACUUCAAACGACUGAAUAAAUAAAGACUUAUUAUUGUAAUUCCUGAUUAGACUUAGAAUAAAGUAAUUUAAUUUGUAAUAUGUAAUCUGCGAUAGUUGUAAUCGAUGAGACUUGAAUUAAAAUGUUUAAUUUUUGUGAUAGAAUUGACACUUCCAUGUAAAUGCACAUAAAAUUACUGUAAAUUUAUCGAAUUGUAUUAAACACAUUGUAAUAAAUCGUAAUAAGCAAUCCUUUGUAAUACUGAGACCUGAAAUAAAUUGCCAUUGUUAUUUUUUAAAAUUAA